AUGAAUCGCGUUGGAUCACGCCUUGUUGCAUUGCGCCGCGUUUUUGUGCAGAAGCGAAAUGGUGGUGGAGGGCAUGGACAUGAAGUGAACCCCGGACCGCCAAUUACUUUUGACUACGCCCCUGUCCCUUUUCAAUCGUACAAGAAGGUGCACGGUGAAUUAAAUGGCAAGUUCAACUUGUACCUCGCAGUGGCAUCUGUUCUUUUCGUCGCUUCCUUCUCUUUUUGGAAGAUGAGUCUAAUUGACCCAAGUUACGAAUUGAUAGAUCCGUGCCCCGACAUUUUCGCUCUUUUCAAGCAGUUCGAUGCAACAUUUUUUUGGAGUGAGCUUGCGUGCUGUGAAGUAAAAUGGAGUCCAAGGAUGACGAGUUGCGCGGGAAUUUGUGUUUAUGAAGGUCGUGGAGGUCUCUGCUCAAUUCGACUCAGCAAACCAUUACUCACGCUUCGACCUCGUAAAGAUCUUGUUGAAACUCUGUUGCACGAAAUGAUCCAUGCAUAUUUAUUUGUGACGCAACGAUUUUCGGUUAGAGAUGGAGCAGAUGGACACGGUCCAAUGUUUCAAGAGCAUAUGGGUCGAAUAAAUGUGGCAGCAGGUACGCGUAUCACGAUUUAUCAUUCUUUUCAUGCUGAAGUUGCCAGUUUUAAACAACAUUGGUGGAGAUGUGAAGGACAGUGCCGUGAGCAUCGCCCUUUUUAUGGAUGGGUGAAACGCGCAACUAACAGAGCUCCUGGGCCAAAUGAUUCGUGGUGGGAUAAACACAAGAAUAGCUGUGGAGGAAAGUUUGAAAAGGUAAAGGAGCCCGAUGGUUAUGCUAACAAGAAGAAACAGAAGGAAAAAACAGUACCGAAGAUGCAGACCUUGGAUAAAUAUUUUUCGCCGUCAAAAGAAUUACCAGCUCCGAAAAAUUUUGUCGGGAAAGGAACAACACUUGAUAGUACGCAAAGGGAUCCAUCAACGCCAAAGACAAAUAAAGCAAAUGGAUCGAUUUUUACUGGAAAAGAACCUAAUAUGAAUGAAGCCAGAGGGCGUUCUCGACUCCUCAGCCUUUACGAUAACGAAAGAUCGAACCCAAUGAGAACACAGAAAGACACAUGUAAGGAUACGGUUGGAGAAGUGAAAAUACCUGAGUCUCGCAAAAGAAUUGAUGAGGGAGACGCAAACUCAUCAAAACCUCUAGUUAAACGAGGAAAACAAAUACAGAUCAACGAUGUCAUUGAAGCAUUUACGGGAUAUGGUUCAUUCGCAUCGACUUCGCAAAGUGCUGCAGGCAAUCUUGAGAUGUCAACAGCCAUCACAAACUUUGGAAAUGAGUUAUCCGCUCAGGAAGAGCCAGCAUUACAGGCCUUUCCAGAUUGGACUCUCGAUGAGCUCAAUGAAGUUGAUCUUGGGCUACUUAGAUCCCCUUCAUACAACAGUAAUGGCGAGAAUGAAAUUGAAAUCCUUGUUCAAUGCCCGGCUUGUCAACUCUAUAUGUCUCGAUCGGAAAUUAAUUCGCAUCUAGAUCGCUGUCUCGAU